AUGACUGAAAGCUGCAAUAUAGUAGAUGUGGCUGACACCAGUCCAAACGUCUUGGAACUAUCAGCAUUGCUGGAUAAGCAAAACAAAAUGCUGUCAGCAUUGCUUGGUGAAUUGGAGACCUGUAAAUCAGAAUUGCUUAUCCUUCGAAACGGAAACUCCCAACAGAUCAACAGUAAUGAUACGAAGAAUAAGAAACUGGCAUAUGCAGAGAAUUUGUUCAAAGAAGCUCCGAAAAUUGGAGGAGUCUUGCCUAAUGAAGCUGAAAAGUCACUGAUAGUAGAGAAUUGUUUGGAAGAGAUAAAAAAAGCACGUCUCAAAGCAGAUAAUUUAUCAGAAGAACUAGAAAUUAAAAAAACGGAAUUAACCCAUGCAGUUGAGGCAGAUUCAUUAAAACAGGCUCAUAUUGACCACUUGAAUGAACUGAUGGAAAAAGAACGUGAAGCAAGGAAUAACGAAUUUUCACAACUAAAUAGUCAUUUGGUUGGUAAAGUGGAAGAAUGUGAUCAGUUAAAUGCAGAAAACAAAACCAUGAAGGCACAGUUGAAAAUGUUGGAGGAUUCGAUUGUCGCCAAAGAAAAACUUCUAAAUGAUCUUACAAAGGCUGCUGCGAAAGAAUUGGCAAAACGCGACGAAGAAGAUAAAUUGCUUGCAGCAAGACUAUCCAUUUUAGCUGAUGAAAACAUGACAUUACGCACUUCACUUCUUACUUUGGGUGCAAAUGAAAUGUCACCACAAUCAAAAAAACUUCUAGAACAGCAACGGGAUUUUAUCGAAACACUGAAGUCUGAAUGUGAAAUUCUAAUGAAUCGUUUGGUAAAAGAACGAGAUGAGCAUAGGAAGGAGCGGAGACAACUAAGACGACAAAUACGUAAUCUCAACACACGUCUUGAAUGCCUUAUAUCUGGAAAACAAGAAAUAAUUAAUGCAUAA